AAAUAUCAGUUGUGGAAAUGCAAUCGUGUUUGUAUGUACUUCAUUGCAAAAAAAAGCAUUGUUUUCUUGCGGUAAUAUUAUAGAAAAUCGUUUACCAAAUUGAAAGAACAUGUUUGGCAACAGUAAACCAUUUGGCACAGCUUCUGCCUUUGGUACAAGUUCCUUUGGCACCACAAGUACACCUUUUGGUCAGAAUACUACUGCAUUUGGAGCAAAACCUGCAACAGGCAAUGUCUUUGGAGCUUCAGCAUUUGGAGUUGCUACCCCAAACACUGGUGGCCUUUUUGGGAGUUCCACACCAGCAACUGGAACUGGGUUGUUUGGUCAGACAUCUACUGCAUUUGGUGCCCCUGCAUCAACAAGCACAGGGACAUUUGGAUUUGGAGCCACAUCUACUUCUGGUGGCUUAUUUGGAAGUGCAACACCUUCAACUCAAAGCUCAGGUAGCUUAUUCGGAGGCAGCAGUACAUCUGCUUUUGGAGCUCCUCGUCCUGCAUUUGGAGGCUUUGGAACGACUACCACUGGAACUGGAUUAUUUGGUCAGGCUACUAAUACAGGAACAAGCCUGUUUGGAGCUAGUGGUGGAUUUACUAGUGCUGCACAAACAGGAACUACGAUAAAGUUUAAUCCUCCAACAGGAACUGAUACCAUGAUGAAAGGAGGUGUUUCAACUAGCAUUGGUACUCGACACCAAUGCAUCACUUGUAUGAAAGAAUAUGAAAAUAAAAGUUUAGAAGAGUUGAGAGUUGAAGAUUAUGCUGCAAACCGGAAAGGUGGUACUGCUACAGCCAUGGGUUUUGGUACACCUACUCAGCAACCGAAUCUCUUUGGAACUCCAGCAGCAUCGACUUCUGGCUUUUCAUUUGGUAGCACCACUCAAGCAAAACCUUUGUUUGGAACAACAGGAGGAACUAAUACAUUUGGAUCAGGUGGUUUGUUUGGUCAGCCUGCUCAAACCCAGAAUACUGGAUUGUUUGGAAAAUCUGUAGGCUUUGGUACUGCUACGACAUCUGCUGCUCCAGUUUUCAAUUUUGGUGCAUCUACUGGAACUUCUUUGUUUGGUCAAAAUAAUCAGACAAAGGUAAUUAGUUUCAUUAUAAAAUU